AUGAGUCAAAACAACGGGGACACACUGACAGCCCGUGGACCUGACUUGACCAGUGGACCUGACUUGACCAGUGGACCUGACUUGACCAGUGGACCUGACUUGACCAGCAUCAGCAAGUUGAAGCCCACCACCUGUCAACCUAAACCUCCGAAGCCGGAGAAUGCCAUCACCAUCGGCAUCUCGGCACAAGUUCUCUUCAACAUGGAGAAGGAGCAGCAGGGCCUUGAAGACUACAUCAAGUAUCAGAUGGAGCAUGAAAUGCAGCCUUUCAGCCCCGGCCCUGCCUUCUCCUUUGUCAAAGCUCUGGAGGCUGUGAACACUCAACUGAAGGAGCUUUACCCUGACAGCAAGGAGCUGUUUGAUGUGGUGCUCAUGACCAACAACCAUCCAUACGCUGGCCUAAGACUUAUCAAGACCAUCAAUCAUCACCAGUUGUUCAUCGAGCGCUACUGUAUGACGGGAGGGAACAGUCCCAUAGGCUACUUGAAGGCCUUCCACACUAACCUGUACCUGUCUUCUGAUCCAGACAAGGUUCGAGAAGCUCUGAAAGAAGGUAUAGCAGCAGCUAUCAUGCUCACCCCAGAGAAGAUAACAGAAGUGUCGAACACCCAGCUGCGAGUCGCCUUCGAUGGUGACGCCGUCCUCUUCUCUGAUGAGUCUGAGCGCAUUUACAAGUCACAUAAACUGAAGAAGUUCUUAGAGUAUGAGAAGGAACACGAGAACAAGCCUCUGGGACAUGGACCCCUGAAAGGUUUCCUGGAGGCUUUAGAAAAGCUGCAGAAGAAGUUUUAUGACAAAGGUCAGCGCAAGGACUGCCCCAUCCGGACUUACUUGGUGACCUCUCGCGGGGCACCCAGCCCUGCUGCCAGGGCUCUGAAAACUCUGUACUCGUGGGGUCUGGAGAUCGAUGAGGCUCACUUUCUGUCAGGGGCACCCAAGGGCCCCGUGCUUGAGAAGAUCAGGCCGCACAUUUUCUUUGAUGACCAGAUGUUUCAUGUGGAGGGGGCAUUGAAAAUCGGGACAGUAGCAUGCCACGUGCCCUGUGGGAUAUCUCAGGAACCAGCACCAAAGUAGCCUGAACUUCACUGGGUUACAACUGUAUCUUUACCUGUUAUUUUAUCAGUGGUGAACCGUCAGGGCCUUCAAGGUAUUAAGAGAAUACCCUCAAAUACUCAGAUAAAACAAACAAAAAAUCGGUUUAAUUAUAUAAAUAACCCUUUCUGUUACAUUGGUAUGCAUAGCUGUGAUUUAUGACCCCCCAAUAAACCUUUGAUGUCUGGUGUACUGACAGGUGUCUAAUAUUUUUAUGACGUGUCUUGACAGGUGGUAUGUUUUAUGACAUGUUGUUUUAUGGUGUCUGAUAUUUAUGAGGUGUUGUUUUAUGGUAUAUUAAAACGUUGAUGUUGAUCCUUUGAUGAGUGUCUGAUCACCUGUUGUUCAAUUGUCCUCUCUAAAGAUGAGUUGAAUAUGAUGUAUGAUAAUUAAGGGUAUUCUUUUAAGUUGUAUGGCGUGGGAACUAAUAUUUAAUUACUUUAACUAUAAGGAAGCUUAAACAAAGAAAAUAUAUUUCCCCAUAUAUUAGCUGUCAAUAUAUUACAUUAUUUAGUGUUCUGAUUUACUAGUUAAUUGAAAAGAUUUAAUAAAGUAAAUCUUGCUGUUUGCUUCAUCAACUGAUACUGAUUAAUAAUCAACAGGAAAAAAAAAUAUAUUCAUAUCUACAAAAUAUAUUGAAGAUAUAUAGAAUAAUAUACUGUGUUAAUAUAUUACAAUAUAUGGAAUAAUAUAUCAGUAAUUGCCGCUUUUCAUAUAUUGAGUAAUCUGCAGGUCACCCUUGAAAAAGAGAUCUUUUGAUCUCAAGGGGCUUCACCUGGUUAAAUAAAGGCUACAAUAUGUAAAUAUAUACAAUAUAUUGGUUGUGUAUGGAUGUGAAUAUACAUUUACUAUAUAUUAACAUUUAUAUGGGGACAUGUAUGUACUAUAUAUUCAGAUUUAUAUGUGGACAUGUAUGUACUAUAUAUUCAGAUUUGUAUGGGGACAUGUAUGUACUAUAUAUUCACAAUUAUAUGGGGACAUGUAUGUACUAUAUAUUCACAAUUAUAUGGGGACAUGUAUGUACUAUAUAUUCACAAUUAUAUGGGGACAUGUAUGUACUA